AUGCACAAUAAAUUUCUCAUAGAGGAUUCCAUCUAUGACUAUGUUAGGGGAAGGCACAGGUUGCUAUUCACGGCUGCGUCUGCACGGAUGCGGAAGUACAUCGAAAAUAUUGAUAAGUUUAAGGCCAAAGGGAUUGUUUCUGUUAGUUGUGUGGCUGUUAAUGAUCCAUAUACUAUGAAUGCUUGGGUAGAGAAGCUUCAAGCCAAUAGUGCUAUUGAGUUUUAUGGAGACUUCGACGGGAGCUUUCACAAAAGCUUAGAUUUAGUUACUGAUCUCUCUAGUGCUUUGCUUGGAACUCGAUCCAAGAGGUGGUCAGCAUACGUGGUAGAUGGAAAAGUGAAAGCUCUUAAUGUUGAAGAAGCUACAUCCGAUGUCAAGGUUUCUGGCGCAGACACCAUUUUGGGACAGAUUUAA